AUGAUCCUCUUCUUUGUUUUCAAUCUAUUACUCACAUUGACUUCGACUCAAGAGGCAACCAGACUCAUUCCUGAAACUGUGGACGAAAUAAACGUGGUUGAGGAUAAGGAAGCAUCUGGUUCGGCUUCAGCGGAUCAAGUUAUACCAAAAAACCUACAAAAGAUUCUUAAGAAUCUGAAUUCGAGACAACGGGAACUCUAUGACAACGCGCCCAACGAUAUCAAAAUUAACUAUUUAGAAGUAAUUUAUGAAGAAAAAGGAAGAGGGGGCUUCAGUCUCACUAUAAUUAUCAUUGCGGUAACCACACUCGCUACUAUUGGGAUGAGCAGACUGGGAAGGAUUCAAUUUCCAUUCGAGAAAGUGCGUGAUUGGCUCAUAGACCAGAAUGAAUGGCACAAAUAUGCUCCGUCACCGAAAGAUAUUCCAGGAGUCAGUUAUGAUGUCGCCAGUAGAUUCAAAUAUUCUAUACCAUUGACAUCAAAAAACAGUUCGGAAGCUGCAAAAGCAUUUAGAAAAAUCUACGACGUCCCAAAUAUUCCUCUUUCCUGGCCUGAGUUAUUACAAUGUGAUGGUGGGCGUGAAUUUAUGGGCGAAACCACUCGAUUAACAUAA